AUGGCAACUUCCGGUGGAAGGAACAUCGUUCACAGAAUGAGGUGCUUCAGAACCCACGCAAACCAGCUUCGCAAGGGAUUGCGACAGCCUUCAUCUCUUCCCAAGUCGCAAUAUCCUAGCAACAAUGCUCGCCACUUUGCGCAUGAAAGUGCGCCGGCCAAUAGCUCAAAUCCGGGUAUCUGGAAGGCCUCUAGUGCAUUGAUUGCUGUCGGCGCUGGCCUAGCUGGCUAUGGCAUCUCUCAAUCAAUGUCAGUCGAUUCCAAUGAAUCGACUACCUCGGUCGCUACCAUUCUGGAUGAGCAGCAUCUACCGCGUGUAACAUAUGCGAGUCUAGAUGACAUGAAGAAGGCCAUAGCCGAAAUCGAACACGAGCUCCGCGAUACCGAAGACAUUAUCUCAACCGAUGAUGAGGACCUCAAGAUGCACGGAUUCUCUGAGUGGUCUUCAGUCCGAUUGGAUACGUUGCCUGUUGCUGUCGCUUAUCCACGCAACACAGAGCAAGUCAGUAAGAUGGCUCAAAUCUGCCACAAGUGGAAAGUUCCCAUAAUUCCGUAUAGCGGUGGGAGCAGUUUGGAAGGACAUACGGCGGCACCAUUUGGUGGUGUUAGUAUGGACUUCGUCUACAUGGACCAAAUCGUACAGAUCAACGAGACAGAUAUGGAUGUGGUAGUUCAGCCUAGCGUUCAGUGGGUAGACUUGAACCAGAAGCUGAAACAGAUGGACACUGGCCUGUUCUUUCCUAUGGAUCCAGCACCUAGCGCAAAGAUCGGCGGUAUGAUCAGCACCAAUUGCUCGGGAACUAAUGCCGUUCACUACGGUACUAUGCGUGACUGGGUCAUUAACUUGACUGUUGUCCUUGCUGAUGGUAGUGUGAUCAAGACUCGCCAACGACCACGGAAGUGCAGUGCCGGGUAUAACCUCAACGGAAUGUUUGUGGGAUCCGAGGGUACCCUGGGAAUCGUCACUGAAGCAACACUCAAACUGGCUGUUCUACCGGAAAACUACUCCGUUGCUGUCGUCCCGUUCAACACAAUCCAUGAAGCUGUCUCGGCAGCGACGAAUGUUAUUCGGAAAGGAGUUUCCGUUGCAGCUCUCGAGCUGAUGGACGAGACUCAAAUGCGCAUCGUGAACCAGGGCGGUAUGACCCGUCCGCGCGUCUGGAAAGAAAAGCCGACUCUCUUCCUGAAGUUUGCCGGUUCUCAAUUGAUGUUGGAAGAGACGAUCCAGAAAGUCAAGCAGAUCACCGAGUCUCACGGUUCCGAGGAUUUUGAGUUUGCUCGUGACGAGCAAGAACAGCAACUUCUCUGGUCCGCGCGAAAGGAGUCAUUAUACUCCCUUUUGGCCCUUCGCGAGGAGGGUGAAGAGAUGUGGAAUACCGAUGUUGCUGUCCCCUUAAGUCGACUGGCCGAUAUUAUAGUUGCAAGCAAGGAGGAAGCAGCGUCUUUGGGACUGAAGGCGUGCGUAAAGGGCCACGUCGGGGACGGAAACUUCCACGAGAAUAUCACAUACGACAGCACCAAACCUGGCGAAUUUGAGAAGGCCAAGACUGCGGUGAAAAACAUGGUCAAUCGAGCUCUCGAGAUGGAAGGUACCUGCACUGGCGAGCACGGUAUUGGCUUCGGUAAAAAGGAAGCCCUUAUACGCGAAGUUGGCGAUGACACUCUCCUAUUCAUGGUACGUUGUUUCCUGAAAGAUGUACCAUCAACCCUGCACGUCCACUGUAUUGCUUUGGGUCGGGGCUAA